CAGGCUAUUGUCGUUGCAAUUCACCCUGAGGAUGAAAGUCAAUAUAUAUAUAUAUAUAUAUAGCGGUUUUGGCAAGGAAGUGAGCGUUGAGUCUACCUGGGUAGGUCAGCUUGAUUAUUGACUACAUUCACCCUGCUCCGCCGUUUUCAGUACUUAGUAGCUUAGACAUGGCUACUAUUUUCUUGCUAGAAUUGCUCUUGCUUUCUACGUUGGCUUCUGCCGAGUGUGCCAGAGAGUUUCUCACAGGUAUCACCGACCAGUACGUUGCAGCCCAGGCCAGAGGAUCCAGCAGUGACGUGGUUCGGUUGGCAGCAUCUAAUGUCAUGUAUACUGAGAACGAAGUAUCCAAAGCCAUCGAGGAUGGCAUUUUGGCAGAACCCAUCAAGAUAGACCACAGCCGCAGCAUCCACGACACUGUCAACUGCGCUGCUUUCACCGAGAUCAUUGCCUCGAGCAAUCCUCACCAGUAUGUUAUAGGGACGCGUAUGGUAUUUGAUGGCGAGGAACAUAUUUCUUUGAUGGAAUCCAUCGUGACGGAUGAAGGGGAUUGGGCAUUCAACGCGACGGGAUAUCAAUACUGGAAUUCGCUUGAAAAUUGGGACCCCAUCCCUGAAGAUCAACGAGACACACGAGAGGUGAUACAAGCGGCUGGCGAUGCCUACUUUGAACGAUUCAAGAACGAGAGCGUAACUGUGCCCUUCGGCGUCCCCUGCUCUCGGCUAGAAGGAGGCGCUUCCACUGCGCCAUUGAAUAUGACGGGUGACUCUUGCACGCUCGCAGGCUUGCCCUCGACACUGGUAGUCACCAACCGUCGGUACGUCGUCGAUGAGACGUUUGGUGUCGUGGACAUUUAUCUUGGGUUCCCAGGGCUGGAUCGAUCACAGGGAGAGAAACCAAUGCCAGAUAGCCACAUGUUUAGAAUCGAAUCCGGAAAGAUCAGAUAUAUUCACACUGUUUCGUCAUGUGUGGAGGUGGGCUGUGGAUUUAACGGAACCAUUCCAACGUCGAGGGCUCGACGGCUGCGACAUCUUUGAGACCAUUGUAUCUUGUGUUUGGGGUUUAUUUGACAACAAACCUAUUCAAGCACUGCUCUCUUAUCCUUUUGAACUGGCCAGUAUGCAAUUUGAUUGUAUAAAUGUUGGGUCAUUUUCCAGUCUGCAGAUAGGGGGAUGGUAGUAUUAUAAUAGCACAAAGGAAUCUUUUAAGAGGGGCUAAUAGGUGGUGAAAGAUUAUUGAAGUGUCAUAAGCCAAGUCUUAGCAUAACAGAAGACUACCUAGGUAGUUAUACUAUAUACUUCUCAUCUAGCACUAUUUGUACA